UAUAAGUGCUUAGUGCAGUAAACUAAAAUAUACAUGAACGCACAUUCGUAUCCUUAUUGGUAUUCCGUAGUCGUAGUACUCGGUUCGUGCAAUGUCGUAUUUGGUACUGACGGUACUCUAACCUAACCUUUUAAAAUUCAAAACAAACCAAUAAUAUUGGGGUUUUUAGUUUUAAAAAGUGGUGUCGGGGUAAAUAUUUAACAAAUAUUUCCUAAAAUGGCUGAAAAAGAAAGCACAUCGGACGACGAAAACUGCACAACUAUACUACUACCAGAUGACCGAAAUGAAAAAUAUCGAGAGAUUUUGCAGCAGGUAAAAGCUGGUGAUGCAGAGGCAGUCUUCAAGCAAAUCCCAGAUAAACUGAAACUUCUGGAAGAAAAUGGAGAUGGAGAAAAAAAACUAUAUAUUUUCAAAGCCAAAUCUAACGACCAAGCAUUUUUUAUGUGUGUACCUGUGGAUGAGUAUUUUGAAUUAGUGAGUAAGUUGGUGUGGGAUAAAAUGGGAGUAAAUGCAGAUCGUGUCACAAUGGAGCAAAGAAUGAAGGAUGCUGCUCCCUACAAUGUGUUUUUUAAUAAGUUAGUUCACGUCCCGGAAACUGAUGAUCAAUUGUAUUCUAUUAGAUUUACAGAUCUUCUUUGUCCAAGCUUGGGUAAGCUCAAGAGCUCGUUUCAUAUUACAUAUAUGGCGGACAUUUUUUGGAUUUUGAGACAGUAUGCUGCAAGAAAAUUGCACAAACUUCCCAUGACCAUAAUUCAUGGUUACAAGAAAUUCGAAUGGCCUAAACCGGAAACUAUGAAAAAGCUAUAUCCUGAUAUCGAUUAUUAUAUGAAUGUGUUGGGAGAGGAAGAGGAUUUUGGUUGUCAUCAUACAAAACUCAGUAUUUUUGUAUAUGAUGAUGAUUCUAUAAGAUUGGUUAUUGGUUCAGCAAAUUUAUAUGUAAAUGAUUGGGAGAUAUAUAACGAGCAGUUAUGGAUCAGUCCAAGAUGUCCAAAAUUACCAGACGGUGGAUCCGCAUUCGAUGGUGAAUCACCUACUGGAUUUAAAAUGUUUUUACUGGAUUAUUUAUGUGUAUAUAAUGAUCAGAAUGUUGAAAGCCUUGGGCAAUGGAUUGAUCGUGUUAAAGCAACCGAUUUUAGUGAUAUAAAGGUGGCACUAGUAUAUACAGUUCCAGGAGUGCACCAACCCAGAAAAAAUGGAUCCUUAAUACAUUAUCUGGGACAUAUUUUAAGUCGAGAUUGUGUUAUACCAGCACCACAAAAAGAACAUGACUCUUGGUGCAUCGUAGCUCAAACCGCUUCUUUAGGAUUGAUAGGAAAAACUCCAGAUGAAUGGCUAACGACAAAUUUCCUCAAAUCUUUGGGUAGUCACAAACAAUCUCCGUACUUGCCGACUCUUUUUAAAAAUUCCAAAAUAUUAUUCAAUCUUGUGUAUCCGACCAUGGAAAACUGUCUCGAUGGACAUUUAAAAUAUAGAAGCGCGGGUUGCUGUCGUUAUACAAAAAACGUUAAAGAAGCUCAGCCAUGGCUAUUAAAGCAUAAAUGCCUAUGGAAAGCUGAUGGAACAAAAAGAUCACGUGUAAUAUCCCAUUCGAAGUGCUACUGUCGUAUAUCGCCGUGCUGGAAAAAAAUGUCCUAUUAUUUUUUGACCAGCGCCAAUCUUUCUCGGUCCGCUUGGGGUGUAAAGCCCAAUGCUGAUUCUAGUAUUUUCGUCAGAUCGUAUGAAAUGGGAGUACUUUUCCUACCAAAAUAUUUCGGAGAAGAAUAUUUCGAAACUAUGGAAGAUCCAGAUAGAAAAAACCAAAAAUUAUUUCCUAUUAUGUUUGAUUUACCAUUGACGCCAUAUGGACCUGAGGAUGAGUCUUAUUGUUGUGAAGAGUUAAUAGAACGGUUGGGCUUGAACGAUAAUGAUGAUAAAGAAAAGAAAAUCGAAGCAAAGAACACUGAUAUUGAGAACAAAGAACAAUCCACCAGGAGUUUAGUAGAAGAUGAAAAGUUUGCCAAGUCUCAGGAAAAAAGUACAGAUAAGGAAAAUCAAGCGGCCCCCGCCCCUGUUUUAUCUAACAAAAAAGAUAUGAAAUAUAUGGGCAAGCCUGUAAACAACUCGUUUUUUCCGAGCUUUAAAAAAAACUAGCAUAAUGAUCGUUUCUAUUGAAUAAUCUAUUUUUUACUGUAUACUGUAUCUAUUUUUUGGUAUUUUCUUUGCAAAAUGUUGAAAUAAUAAAUUUAUUUAUUUUUUGUUUCAA